AUGAAAUGCGGUCAUGCAGGCGAGGAAGGGCCACUCAGAGUGCAUGGCGACGUGGUGCAUGGUGGUAGUCUGGUGGUGAACUUGGGUGAAAUGAAGUUGAGUGUUGGUGAAAUGAUGAGAGAUCUGUGGACGAAGGACUGGGAGGAUUCGGUUUCGGAUUCGGAGGUCAAGGUCUGGAAGAGCUCAUGGGUCGGGUAUUCGGACUCGGGGGACGAAAAUUCGGAUUUCGAUUACUCGGACCUGGAGGACGAGGUCAAGUACGAAGACUCGGACAGCGACAGCGAGAACGAGGUCGAGGGCUCGGAUGCUGAUGGCUCUGAGAUCGAGGACUCGGAUUAUGAUGGCUUUAAGGUCGAGGACUCGGAUUAUGAUGGCUGGUAUGAUACGGUUUUGGAUUCGGAGGUCGAGGUCUGGAAGAGCUCAUGGGUCGAGGAUUCGGAAUCGGAGAACGAAAAUUCGGAUUUCGAUUACUCGGACCUGGACCUGUCCGAGUCUUCGGUCGAGGACGAAGACUCGGACAGCGACAGCGAGUACGAGGUCGAGGGCUCGGAUGCUGAUGGCUUUGAGAGAUUUAAGACUGAACUUCGAAAAGGAUCUGAGAAUUGA